AUGGCUUCGCGUCUCGCUAAGAGCGCCAUUGGCGCAACCCGGCUGCGGCCGGUCCUUCCCGCCCGCGUCCCUGCCAUCACGGCCCUGACCUCGACUCGCUCGGCCUCCAACGUCCCCGCCGAGAACCCCGAGAAGAAGGCCCAGUCGAUUCUGGACAGCAUCCCCGGUAACUCCCUGGUGUCCAAGACCGCCGUCCUCUCCGCCGCCGCCGGUCUGUCCAUCGCCGCCAUCAGUAACGAGCUCUACGUGAUGAACGAGGAGACCGUCGCCGCUUUCUGUCUGCUGUCUGUCUUCACUGGUGUGGCCAAGUACGGUGGCCCUGCGUACCGCGAGUGGGCUGAGGGUCAGGUCCAGAAGCACAAGGACAUCCUGAACGCUGCCCGUGCCGACCACACCACCGCCGUCCAGCAGCGCAUUGACAACGUCCAGGAGCUGUCCGGCGUGGUCGAGAUCACCAAGCAGCUGUUCGCUGUUUCCAAGGAAACCGCCCAGGUCGAGGCCCAGGCUUAUGAGCUCCAGCAGCGCACCGCCCUCGCCGCCGAGGCCAAGCAGGUUCUGGACUCGUGGGUGCGCUACGAGGGUCAGGUCAAGCAGCGCCAGCAGCGUGAGCUCGCCGAGUCGGUCAUUGCCAAGAUCCAGAAGGAGCUGGAGAGCCCCAAGGUUCUGCAGCAGAUCCUGCAGCAGAGCGUUGCCGACGUGGAGCGCAUCAUGUCCUCCAAGGCCCAGUAG